AUGACAUCUGAGGGCGGAGUAAAAUGCCAUCCCUCGUGGACCCAAACCGGCUCGAACACAUAUACCCAGCCGUACGGAUUUCAAGAGGUCCUGUAUAAUGCCAUAACCGUCCCGCCUGGAUCCCCUGGUCUGUUCCUCAUAGGCUCUUCCGUCACCUUCAGCCACAUCCCUUCCUCACCCGGCAAUGAACUUUCUACCCAGGACCUGGUCCCUCUCCUCCGCAAGGCUUGGCUACAGUUGCGACAGCAAUAUCCGACUUUAGCAGCAGAGAACCACCCAAAUGGAAAGACAUACACCUCCCCAUUGUCCUCCGUGGAGUUUGAAGCCUGGCUUGACGAAACAUUCAUCGUGACUCCCGGUAAGACAUCUGUCGAGCACUGGAAAACUAUGGUCAAGACAAGUAAAACCACACUGCACUUUUUCCCUGAGGAGCGCCAGCUGUUCAUGCAAGGGGAGCAUCACAUCCUCGAUGGAAGGGGCGUGAUGAACUUUUGGGACCGCUUCUUCAAGUUUCUUGCAUCACCAGCAAAGGAGGAUUUACUGAAGAAGACAUAUGGCUCUGAAAUAGCACGCCUUCCUCCACGAUCCGAUGACCUUCUCGACAUGAAAGAGAUAGGACCCGGGCGAGGCGAGCAGCGGGCGUUGGAGAUUCUCGCGCCGCUCACCACCAUGCAAUCGCCAAUCACCGUACCUGUGCCACGCCCUCUACCUCCCUGCUCUACACGGAACGCAGCGCUUGAGUUCCAGCUUAGCGCUCGCACCACGGGCUCCAUCAUCGCUGCAUGCAAAGCCCAGCGUCUGAGCGUGACGGCAGCCUGGCAUGCCGCCGUGGUCCUUGCGACGCAGACCAUCCAGGCGCAGCGUAACUCGGCUGCAUCGGGAGGAACAAGGGCAGAAGUAGGUAAGCAGUUCGCAGCGUUUGGCAAUUUCGACCUGCGCCGCUACUUCCCCGUCGUGGACGAAGCCGUUCUGCCCGACGCUUAUGCCCUAAGCAACCACCACGGCGUGCUCCCUUACGUCGUCGAGCCGGACGGCAAGAACUUCCCAGAGAUAGCGCGCGAGCUCGCCGCUUUCUAUCAACAAGACCUGCCGAAGGCGGACGCCGAGGUGUGGAGCGCGCUGGGCCCCAUGAUCCGCACAAUGGUGCCAGAGUUUACCGUGGCGCAGCUUGAGGAGACCACACCCGCCUUGUCGAGUCUGGGGGUGGUAGACAAUUUUAUUGGUUCAUCGUAUACCGAUGUAGAGGAGAAAGGGAUUUGGCGGAUCGAGGAAGUCUGGUUUGGUGAUACAGUGACUGGGCCGUGGCUGGAGUGCUUCAUGUGGGCGUGGCAGGGCCGGCUGUCCGUUAAUACUUGCUUUAACCCAGCAUAUUACACGCGCGCAGAGGUCAAUGAAUGGAACCAACUGGUGCUGGAGAAGAUGCUGAAUGGGUUGGGGAUUCUAGGUCGGUCGUCUUCGUCGAAGCUAUGA